GCGCAGGACCUCGACUUCGAAAUCCAUGACGCGCCUCCAGUUUGUUCCACAUGGGGAUCUCCGCCGCCUGCCAAGCCGCAUGAGGCUGCCAGUCAGACAUGGUGUCUACAUUUGGGUCAAGAGAUAGACCCCAUAUGUGCCGAGACACACGUCUAUGCUCUUAUGAAUUAUCACUGCCUACUUUUCCUCAUCGGACGCAUCAUAUGGAACGCCCGACACCCUUUUCCAAAGCGAACCCGGCCAACAUACCACUGUCUGUCGAGUCUAAAAGCGUCAUCACACCAUGAUCGCCCGGACCCUCCAAUCCGGCCGAGAAGUGGCGACAUGAUCUCAAAUGCCCAGCAAGGGGCAAAAAAAAAAAAAAAAAAAAAACUUCAGAGUGCCUGUCCCUGCUCUGUGGAAGACUCUUUCUCUAACAACAAGACUAGCGUUGUUGCCUUCGGUGCAGCGAGUAAACACAGACGCCACCGCCUGCGCAGGAUAUUAUUCACGCGUCGGUGGUCUGACUGCACGUUACUGGCUCGUUCGUGUUAUCGAUCCUUCAUCUUCGGUCUCGGUAUGAGGGCAACUGGCACCACCACUGCCUACCUUAGGCAUACGUCGACGUUUGGGUAAGGCCGCUCGCCAUUACGAUUUGAUCGUCUUACUCGCUGCUUCAUUACCUUCUAUUCAUGGAGUGUGCCGGCAAGAUGAUAUCACCUAAGCCUCAUUGGGGCCUGGUGGUCGGUGGUUGGGUUCUUCACUCUUGACUUCCAAGCUUGGUCGGGCACAUUCGCAUGCGGAAAUACGAGGUUGCAAAGCCUUGGGCCACGUGGUUAAUCACUAGAAUCACGAAACUGCUCUUAGGCCGCCUGUGUUGGUCAUGCAACAGGUUUUCGCAACAACAGGCUCUUUACGUCGAGGUACUCAUCCAUUUGCCAUGAUUUGGCGCUGAACGUGCCCCAAUCUGUUGGUGAGGCGGAUUAGACAUAUGCAUCGUCAAUGCAGUUGACCUUGGCGCGUCGCUCGAUGACCAUCCAGAUAGCGAGGCUGGUCCAACAGCAAUCAGGCCAGAGAAUCAGAGCUCGUUGGCUCGCUUCGGUCACUUGGUUCCCAGAAUACUCGAUCAGUGUCAAGCCCCAGCUCACCCAUUCCUCCCCCUGCGUUUACCAGUCAACCAUUUGCAUAUGUAAGCAAGCCUCAGAACGACGGGAAAGCGGCGACCCUGGACGAAUCAUCGCUUGGCCGUGCUUAAAAUACCACCAUCGUCAUCUAACUUAUCGGGUGGCAGCAGCGUUAAAGGUUUCACAUCAUCUCGAGGCAUACCGAACUGACUGGCUUUGAUGGACGAUGGCGUUCGGCUCCUCUUGAAACCAAUACAAUGUCCAUUUCGGUACAUCAUCAUGUGCUGAACCGAGCACC